AGCGAUACUUGUUUGACUAGAGCCCCCUUCCAAAAAAAAAGACCAAUUCCGAGUCCUCAAACAUUUCCGGGGUAUCGAGUGACACAUUUUGCAAGUCAACAAAGCAGGGGAUCAACACUAGGUACACGAAAAGUACCAAUCGGCAGCGGGUCGACCAGGAUGUUUUCUCGGAUAUCAAGAGCACAGCACAUAUUGUUUUUGCCAUCACUUACAACCCAAAGACAACUUUGCAAUAGCACGAAUACCGGAGAUCUCUAGACAUCUUGACGACACCAGUUUGAAUGCUUCUUCAGUCCAUGGAUUACAUUAGUUUACCGAGUAGCCAAAGAUAAGACUGCGUGAUGCUGGCUUUAGCGAGUGCCGCCCGGAGAAGUCUGUACCUCACCACGGGAUCGUAGUGGGCCCCUAGACCAGCAGACCAAUGAAAAGCCUCUGCCCACAACUUUCUUGCUGAUAAGAAACCUCGUCGACUCCAGCUUGCCCGUUCCACUGCCAGAUAUCAAAGCCAGCCGAAUCCCCAUCUGAUGGAGAUCCGCGGAAGUGGCUGUUACGAUGCAGCACUGCAUAGCCCAACCAGCAUCCUAUCUGCAUUCUGAGAGUCCCAGGCCCACCGGUCACAGUCCUCCCACGAGACCCCAGUUCCGCGCAGAUAAUCGUCACUACCUGGGUAGGUCAUGUUGUAAACCGACUCCCAUUAUUGGUAGGAUCCCAUCUUGGCUCAGAUGGGAGUUUUCCUUUCUCUAUCUAUUUCUCCACACAUGUCUGAACUCCUCAAUCCUUCUCCAGCUUGUUUUUGGUCCCGAACGUGUUGAACUUGUUUUCGAGGUUCAAUAACACUCUCCUUUCGCCCCUGGUCAUAUUGCAUUCACUGUUUAUCUCGAACAUUUGGUCUCCAAAGUGCUCACGCCAUAGUCGGACUUCCCUCACCACAACGUGACAGCAACAACAUCAACAGGCCAUUUCUCGAUACUCUCGCGUUAUGUCUAUCAACAUGGUCCCAAUAGACGUUUUGACACCUCUCUCGACGGCUCCCCCAUCUCCAACUCUACAGACCAGAAAGCCAGUUCGAAACUUAUCGUCCAUAUCCUUCCAAAUCCCACCGACACCACCCAAAUCAGAACAUAGUGGAAGUGAAGUCUCUGACGAAUCAUCACCCAAUUCAAGAAGGCCUAGUUCGGCAGUACAACCCCGAUACCCACUUCCUCCACCGUCCACUGCACCAACCGAGAUCCUCAAGGACGAUCUCAAGACUCCAGAUAACCAUGUCCCGAGAGAUCCUCGACUUAUACGCCUCACUGGCAUACAUCCAUUUAAUGUCGAAGCACCACUUAGUGCUCUGUAUGAUGAAGGAUUUCUAACCUCUCCGGAGCUCUUCUAUGUUCGGAAUCAUGGAGCAGUACCACAAGUCGACGAUGCCUCCAUUCCAGACUGGGAGUUCUCGAUAGAGGGAUUAGUGAAGCAUCCAAUCACUAUGUCUCUCAAGCAACUCAUCACAGAAUACGAGCAGAUCACAGUACCAAUCACCCUUGUCUGUGCUGGCAAUCGACGGAAAGAACAGAACCAAGUUCGAAAGUCCAAAGGAUUCUCAUGGGGAGCUGCUGGUGUUUCUACCGCGCUGUGGACAGGUGUAGCUAUGGGAGAGCUUCUUAAACGAGCAGCACCACUACGAGGAGCGAAAUAUGUCUGCAUGGAGGGGGCCGACAAGCUUCCAAAUGGAUAUUACGGAACGUCAGUAAAGCUCAACUGGGCUAUGGAUCCAAACCGAGGGAUCAUGGUAGCUCACAAAAUGAAUGGAGAGAUGCUGCGACCAGAUCAUGGAAAGCCAUUACGGGUAGUCGUUCCGGGCCAGAUCGGCGGCCGAAGUGUGAAGUGGUUGAAGAGACUGAUUGUUACUGCUGCGCCAAGUGACAACUGGUACCAUAUCUACGAUAACCGAGUUCUCCCUACGAUGAUCAGCCCUGAGCAAAGUGCAAAUGAGCCGAAAUGGUGGAUGGAUGAGCGAUAUGCCAUCUAUGAUCUGAGCACCAACAGUGCCACAGCAUAUCCAGCUCACGAUGAAAAACUGUCUCUCAUAAACCCACCAGAGACGUACAAAGCCCGCGGUUACGCAUAUGGCGGAGGUGGCCGACGGGUCACGAGAGUUGAAGUGACUCUGGACAAGGGAAAAUCCUGGGCUCUCGCAGACAUCAGAUACCAUGAAGACGAUUACAGGGAUCAGGCAGACGAAGACGAGAUGCUAUUCGGUGGGAGACUAGAUAUGGGCUGGCGAGAAACAUGCUUCACUUGGUGUUUCUGGGAGAUCGAUCUGAAGGUUGCUGACCUUGCGCUCGCUGCAGAUGUCAUGGUGAGAGGCAUGGACGAGAGCAUGAAUGUGCAACCACGGGAUAUGUACUGGAGUGUUCUUGGCAUGAUGAACAACCCAUGGUAUCGGGUGACGAUCACUAAAGAAGCCGAUUCGCUUCAUUUUGAGCAUCCCACCCAGCCAGCUCUGACUCCUGGAGGGUGGAUGGAGAAAGUAAAAGCCAGAGGUGGGAAUCUCGCCAAUGGUUUCUGGGGAGAGAGUACGGGCGGCGAGGAAGAAAGUGGUGUUGCUGAGCCGAAGAAGGAGAUCAAGAUGAUCAAAGAUGGGCUCCGUAGGAACAUCACCAUCAACGAGCUGCGCAAGCAUGACGAAGAUACAAGCCCCUGGUUCGUAGUCAAUGGUGAAGUGUACGACGGUACAGCAUUUCUCGAAGGUCAUCCUGGUGGAGCCACAAGUAUCAUCGGUGCAGCAGGUCAAGAUGCUACCGAUGAAUUCAUGGCGAUCCACUCCGAAACCGCCAAAGAAAUGAUGCAACACUACCACGUUGGCUACCUCGACGAAGCAUCUCGCGCUAUCCUCCUAGACGGCAUUGAAGAAGCUCCUACAGAGUCCUCCGCACCUCGUGAAGUCUUCCUCCAAUCCAAAGUCUGGACCAAAGCUCUUCUCUCAGCCAAAAAAUCGGUCUCAUCCGACACGCGAAUCUUUACCUUUACUCUCGAGCACGAGAACCAAACCAUUGGUCUUCCCAUCGGCCAACAUCUCAUGAUGCGUCUCCGAGAUCCUGUUACACGGGAAGCCAUCAUACGCUCUUACACGCCCAUCUCAGAAGGUGCUGACAAAGGAACGUUGCAAGUCCUGGUCAAAGUCUACUUUGAUACCGUUGAGCGCGCUGGAGGUAAGAUGACGAAGGCACUAGAUGCCAUCCCCGUCGGACACUUUGUGGAUUUCAAAGGCCCGAUUGGGAAAUUCGAAUACCUCAAGAAUGGCCACUGCACUAUUGGCGGCAAGCCAAGAUUCGUAAAGAGAUUUAUUAUGAUCUGUGCUGGCAGUGGCAUCACGCCUAUUUUCCAGGUCCUCCGAGCUGUACUGAGCGACCCUGAUGACACGACGAAGUGUCUGGUGUUGGAUGGCAAUAGGCUUGAGGCCGAUAUUCUAUGCCGAGAAGAGAUGGACAGUCUCGUCAAGGAUCAAGAAGAGAGAUGCAGGUUGCUCUAUGCAUUGACGAAACCAGAUGAGAGCUGGACGGGUUUGAGUGGUCGUGUGGGCAAGGAGUUACUGGAGAAAGAGGUUGGAAAAUGUAAGUCGAACGAUGGGGAAGAGUUGGUACUGAUCUGUGGGCCCGAGGCGUUAGAGAAGAGCGUGCACGGGUACUUGAAUGAGAUGGGUUGGAAAGAUCAGGAUAUGUUGUUCUUCUAG